CAUUUAAAUCAAUGAAAAUUAAUAAUCUUUAAACUGUUUUCAUUUAUUUAUUUUUUAACCACUUUCAUGUUGACAUUUCACUAUGUAAUUCAAAAUUAAUCAACUGUAAAUAAUUUGAAUUAUAACCAUAAUUCAUCUAAAAAUAUAUUACAUCCAUUAUAAUUUGAGGAUAUCUUUGCUUUGUUCAAUAAUAUUCCCGCUCGCUUCUUCCUUCUCUUCCCACAAGUCAGUCUCUCUCUCUCUCUUUCUCUCCUCCCAUUCUUCUCUUUCUUCAAACAUCAAACAGAGUGAAUGCUAUAUUUUUGCUAUCUUUGCUUAUUUUGUGCUUUUGUUGUGUGUGAUUUGUCUGUGUUUUUACUGAAUUAACUUAUUUUCAACAUUGUCUAAUCAUCUAAAGGACGCUGGUUAAUCAUAUUUUAUGAUUUAAAAUGGCUUCCUCGUCAUCCUCAUCAUCAUCUAAUGUCCAAUUAAGUCGCAAGUUUCGUGAAAUAUGUUCUGAUCUCAACCUAGAUCGGGCUACUGCUGAUGAGGCCUACAACUCUUUCCAACGUAUUCAGAUCAAUUACACUCUUGAGGGUGAAAAGAUACAUUGGCUUGCUUGCGCCCUUUAUGUUGCUUGUCGCAAAGGAACUACUCCUACUAUUGAUGGAAAAGGUGGAUAUGUUGAAGGAAAUUGUGUUUCCCUUACUCGAUUAUUGAGAUCCUGCAAAUUAAGUUUGAUUGAAUUUUUCAACAAGAUGAAAAAAUGGUCUGACAUGGCAAAUUUACCACACGAGAUGAAGGAAAGGUUGGAUCUACUUGAACGCAAUUUUCAUGUAUCAGGCGUCCUUUUCGGCAAGCUCGGAAACAUAUUCAAAGAUUUAUUCAAGAGCCCAAUUCUUUCUCCGACUAAACAAGCAUCAAACCGGAGUCGUAAACAAAGGAAGCUGAGUCUAACCUCUGGCCAUGUAUUUUCUUUCUGUUGGACUCUAUUUGUUCGCGUUAAGGCUGAAUUUAAAAUGAUUAGUCAUGAUCUGAUCAACUCUUAUCAUCUUUUAUUAGCAUGCAUCGAUUUUUGUUUUAGUAACGUCCUUGUCAGUGAAAACGCUAAAGAAUUAUUGAACUCAGAAUUUUCCGAACUUCCUCCUGGAUUCUUUCAAGACGAAUUCAUUGCUCCUGAGCCCGUACCCUGCAUACUAGAGACUUUAUGCAACAGAUGGAAAGAUAUCUGUAAGGAGGAUAGCUGUGUCGAGGCUAAAGGAAUUAAAGAGUACUGGUUUAAACCUUGUAUCAAACGAAUGAUUGAUAAGAAAAUAUUCCGUUGUCGUAAUCCAACUCAUUUUCUAGGAUUUUUAGACAAUGCGUAUUUCGAAGCUAAUUUGAAAGCUAUUACUAAAGAGUACGACCACUUUGUUCUGAAUAUUGGUAAUUUUGACGAGAGAAACUUCUUAAGUGAUAAUGCUGAUGAAGAAUUAGGUGCUCCACAGGGUGACUUUGAAGUAUAUCUCAAUAAUGUUCAACAACGAAUCAAAGAUUCAAAAAGCUUAGCUCCACAAACACCUCUCAGCAAUCGCCAUUAUUUGGCCAAUAGAGAAAAUAUGGGCUCUUUUACUCCUGUCACAAAUGCUGUUCGAACAGUCAGUCGUUUACAAUCUCUCCUUUUGGACUGUAAGCCAGAACCAAGUCCCGGGCUAGUUGAAAUCUUUGCACAAUGCACCACAAAUCCUAACGAUAGAAUCGUUGAAAGAAUCAAAGAGCUUGGAGAUGAAUUCUUGAAAAACUAUUGUCAACCUUCAGAGGAUCAUGGAUUCUCAUCUCCAUCAGCCUCAACUCCAUAUGAUCCUACAAAGAAAAUGUUGAACUCUGGCAUUACACUGUACUUCAAAUGUUUAGAGAAGAUCAUCGGACGAGAGUUGAAAAAGUGGUCUGAAGCUGAAAAGAAGAGCAAUCUUACCAAUUCAUUAUCACACGAGCUUUUCCAUCUAUCUUUAUUCGCAUGUUGCAUGGAAAUUGUUUUAUUUGCAUACAACUCUGAGAAAAGAUUUCCCUGGAUAGUGAAUAUUCUUAGUGACUAUCAUGGUUUUCAACCACUGCAUUUUUAUCGAGUCAUUGAAUUAAUAAUCCGAGAAGAAGACGGAUUAUCGAGAGAUAUCGUCAAACACUUGAAUACAAUCGAGGAGCAGAUCUUGGAAAGUGCAGCAUGGAAGACUGGGUCAGUUCUUUGGGAAAUGAUUAAAGUUAAUGGCUCAGUUCCUGCUUGUCAAGAUGUUUCUCUAGCCAAUCCAUCUCAUGAUUCUAAUACUAUGUCUCCGGCACCAGCCACACCCCGUCGUUUAGAUGGAAUUUUUGCAUCUCCUUUGCCACCAAGUAUGAGCGAUCGAUUUAUAUCUCCUAUGGGUAACACUAGGCGCAGGUUAUUUGACAAUGAACAAUAUAUUCAAGUUUCUAUCCCAGCGCAAACAAAUACGGGCGAAGUUCGACUUAUCCAUGUUACCUUACAACCACAAUCUACUACAAACCUUGAAACUAAUUCUUCAGUACCCAAGUCUGAACCACCUAAGGUCAACAAAGCUGGAUCUCUCGGACUAUUUUUCCGAAAAGUUUAUCAUCUGGCUUGGCUGAGAUUGAGAGAUUUAUGUGACAAAUUGAAUAUUAACGAUGAAGAUCUUCGUCGAAAAAUUUGGACUUGUUUCGAGUUUUCGAUACGUAAUCAUACUGAUCUCAUGCGUGAUCGUCAUCUAGAUCAGAUUUUAAUGUGUGCUGUCUAUGCUAUGUGCAAAGUUACCGGACGCGAUCAAAGUUUCCAAGAUAUCAUGAAAUGCUAUAGACAACAGCCUCAAGCCUCCAGUCAUAUUUAUCGAAAUGUGCUAUUGACAAAUCGAAAAAGACGAAACUCUACUAGCUGUGAGAAUUCUCGUAAUUCUGAAUCUAGCUCCCCCAACCAAGAAGACAAUAAAGAGCGCAUUAGAUCAUCAAGUACUCUCCCCGUUCCACAUCCUAACAGUCAACCUCCAACCCCUACUCGAUUAACUGGAACAGGAUCUAAUUUUGAUUUUCCUGAAGAAAGGGGAGAUCUUAUCAUGUUCUACAAUCAAAUUUAUAUUCCCGAAGUAAAGCAAUACAUUAUGAAAUUUAAUGCAGAGGCUGGUUCUCCUCCGCUCUCACCUCUUCCUAAACUCGCAGCUAAUUCUAUAUCUCCGUAUCGCCGGCUAUCAAACAAACACUCUUUAUUUAUCUCUCCUAUGAAGGCUAAUCUUUUCCCUCCCUCACCUCGACGUCCUAUGUCUUAUCAUUUCUUACGAAGCCCUGCUAAAGACCUUAAAGCUAUCAACUCAAUGAUGAAACUUAAUUCCUCCUCUGGUAAUGAGAAGAAAGUUAUCAAGAGAAUAUUGCAAGAUGAUACUAAUGAAACAAAUUCUGAUACUCGACGACAUGGUGCAGAAAAACCUGUACUACGAUCCAUGAUCGACAACAUUUACACUGAACGUCAAGAAGAUGGUGACGAUACUGAAGAUAAUGGUGAUGUUGAUAUGGAAUAAAAGCUCAUUUCAUGUCAUUAUAUUAAUAAUCUCUCCUUUAUUCCUUUCUGUCUAAUAUCUUAUUGACUUUUCUUGUGUCUAGGCUUUUUGGUUUCUUUGUGCCUUAUAAUUUGAUUUAUUCCUGUGUUGUUAUUUCGCAGCAAACAUUAAUUAGAUGAUAAUUCACUAAUUUACUUCUCCUCCUCCCCUUCGCUUCUUCCUCAUUUUGUCUCGUGAACAUUUUCAAUUAAAUAAAAUAUAUCUAUAUAACGGUGA